AUGUUGGCGUGGAAACCACAAUGCUAUUUAUAUGUGCAAGUUUUCGGAAGCCUCCCUUUCACACAUGUAUUCGUGAAUAGAAGGCUUGCUGCGAUGGCGAAGUUCGAUACCAAUGUUGAGGUUAUUCUGGAGCAAGUCAAUCCAACAGUUUGCACAUCUCUCGAUAUAGCCCCAUUGUCUCAACACGACUACGAAAUACUUGACGAAUGCAGCGAUGAAGUUGAGCAAGUUUUUCUUCAGCAGAUCCGUCUGGUAUUUCCGAGUAUGAAGUUUCCACUUUGGGUGUCGCCGAAUGUCUGCGUAGACUUUCGUGUA